AUGGCGGUGGCUUCACUUAGUAUAUGCUUCUCUGCUCGGCCGAAUUCUCUUCUUUACAGUUUCUCUCGACCCAGACAUUUUGCUUUGGCUGCAAUGAGUGAGGAUCCGAUUCGUGAAUGGAUACUUACAGAAGGAAAAGCGACUCAAAUCACAAAGAUUACUUCUGUUGGCGGUGGAUGCAUCAAUCUUGCAACCCAUUAUCAUACUGAUGCUGCUUCUUUUUUCGUUAAAACAAACAGGAGUAUUGGACCUGCGAUGUUUGAAGGAGAGGCUCUUGGUCUUGAGGCUAUGUUUGAAACCAGAACAAUCCGUGUUGGGGCAUUGCCAACAGGUGGAUCUUAUAUCAUCAUGGAAUAUAUAGAGUUUGGGUCAUCAAAAGGCAAGCAGGCUGAAUUAGGAAGGAAGCUAGCAGAGAUGCAUAUAGCGGGCAAAUCUUCGAAAGGCUUUGGCUUUGAGGCGAAACACCAUUCCUGUUUUAGUACCCCACAGAUCAAUAAGUGGUCAUCGGAUUGGAUUAGAUUCUAUGGUGAGAAGAGAUUAGGUUACCAGCUAAAGCUAGCUAGGGAUCAGUACGGUGACUCUGCAAUUUACCAGAAAGGGCAUACACUGAUACAGAACAUGGCAUCUCUCUUUGAGAAUGUUGUCAUAGAACCGUGCUUGUUACAUGGUGAUCUCUGGAGCGGGAACAUCGCGUACGACAAGAACAGCGAGCCUGUCAUUCUUGAUCCUGCCUAUGGGCAUAACGAGGCGGAUUUUGGAAUGUCGUGGUGCGCAGGAUUUGGAGAAUCUUUCUACAAUGCCUAUUUCAAGGUAAUGCCAAAACAACCUGGAUUUGACAAGAGGAGGGAUCUGUAUUUGCUAUAUCACUACCUGAAUCAUUACAACCUCUUUGGGUCGGGAUAUCGAUCAUCUGCAAUGUCGAUCAUUGAUGAUUAUCUACGGAUGCUCAAAGCUUAA